CAGCGGCGAGCGCAGUCAAGAGUCGGUCCGAUCGCGUGCAACGCGGCGUCCGUCUCCUUCGUCGUAAACGCGCACGAAAAAAAAAAAAAAAAAACUUUCUCCGUCGCGCGCGCACAUAUCUGUCUAUCUAGCGAUACGACGACGAGCAUCUAUUAGUCGCAACGAUCGCACUCGCAGGUGAGAGCAGCGCUGUGCACCAAGUGAAUCAAUCAGCCGAGCGUCGUUGGCGCGUAUAGACGUUGCACAUCUGCGCAAAUCCCCGCAAUCCAGGAUGGUGCAGCUGAUCCUAAGGAGCGGCAGAUUGGCUCGGGUAGCCGGCCUAAUGAUCCGCGCGCUGUCGACCCAAGCUCAGCCGCACCCGGUGAAAGACGAAUCGCGGGAGCUGAUCGUCAGGUACCUGGACGGCAAGGACAACGGCAUCGCCGUGCUGGGCCUGAACCGCGGCGAAGCCCGCAACUCCUUGAGCAAGAGCCUGCUUCGCCGGAUGGCCGAGGCGGUGAGCAACAUCGAGCGAGACAAGAAGGUGCGAGUGCUGAUCGUCCGCAGCCUAGUACCCAAGGUCUUCUGCGCCGGCGCGGACUUGCGCGAGCGUGUGAAAAUGGAGCCCGAGGAGGUCGGCCAGUUCGUCAGCUCGAUUCGCGGACUGAUGCGCGACAUCGAGAACUUGUCCGCGCCGGUGAUCGCCGCCCUCGACGGCCACGCUCUCGGCGGCGGCUUGGAAAUGGCCUUGGCUUGCGACAUACGCACCGCCGCGGCCGAUUCCAAGCUGGGUCUGGUCGAGACCAAGUUGGCGAUCAUACCCGGCGCCGGUGGCACCCAGAGACUUCCGAGAAUCGUCGGUCCGGCCAUUGCCAAGGAGAUGAUAUUCACGGCCAAAGUUGUGGACGGCCGCGAGGCUCAGCAGAUGGGUCUGGUUAAUCGCGUGGUCGAGCAGAACAAGGACGGCGACGCAGCUUAUCAACAGGCUUUGCAGAUCGCUCGCGAGAUACUUCCUAAUGGGCCCAUCGGCGUUAAACUGGCAAAAGUGGCAAUCUCAAAGGGAAUUGAGGUACCAAUAGAUGAUGGCCUGGAAAUAGAGAAACAAUGCUACGCUCAGCUACUGGAUACGGAGGACCGACUGGAAGGUUUGGCUGCGUUCGCUGCAAAACGUGUACCUGUUUACCGAGGGCUGUGACACCCCUAAAGGCUUUCCUCGCGCUUUCCUUUUUUUUUGUAGACUUUUUUACGCCUAGAAUUGUUAAGUUUUUUUAUGAUUAUUAUUAUUAUUAUAUUGUCAUUGUUACAAAAGUAAGAUCCACUAACAGAUCCUUUAGUUUGUAUAACGUUUUGGUAAGUGGGGCCAAUAUAGCGAUAUAACGAGUGCCGGUAAUCUUCUGGUAUUUAUAGAGAAUAAGACAAAUGAUAUUUUCGUAUUUAUGUCAUUUACACGUUAAUCGUUUUGUUUUGAUAUGCCUGAUUAUGUUAUAACAAGUAAUUGUUUAUUUCAUGUUUUAUUAUGGCAUUAAAGUGAUAAGCUAGACAGAUUUCUAUUUUGUUUCAUCUCGUUUCUUUUAUUGUAACUAUGUAUCAGCUAAAUUAUUGUGUUACAAUUGGUAUGCAAUAUGGUAAUCAACGAGUGUUUAAUAUGUCCUGUCAAUUUAAAUCACAUUCAGAGCAUAAGGAAUGUUGAGCAACGACGAUAACAUUGGAAACAAACGGAUCCGAGUAAUAUUUUAUAAAUCUAUCUUUAUAUACAAAUGCAAUGUAGAAAUCACAUAACAUUAAUAGAAUUACCUUGGCAACUGUAUCGUUGUUCUAUGAAAAUAAAAAUCUAUCAAGGUAAAUUUUCAGACAACGGAAAAAAUAUGCUUUAAGAAACUUUCAAAUAACCCUUCAGAUUUAAAAUUCACGUACCUAUUUCCUUAAGAAAAAAAUCAGGUAUACGUAAGAAAAGUAUCAAAUGACAUCGUUAAUUGCGAAAUAUUAAUAGUUCUGUAAAUAGAAUAACCAUCAAAGAAUAACACAUCAAUUAAUUACAUGGAAAAGGCUAAAAAGUACCAAAACUCCGUAGUACACUGUAGUAGUUUUCAACAAACAGUACUAACAGUCUAAGUUUUUCUAUUCAUAUAUUUUGUUUUUUAAAUCAACGGACUAAAAAAUUGCUAUCUUAUUAUUUUAAACAGAUUUAGAUGAAUGUAUUCAAUGUCAA